CCUCUGUCGCCAUUUCCUGCGGGGCCUAGCAUAGGAGAGCUGUUGGCGAAGCCGAAGGAGUCGGGAAAAUGCUGUCCGUCCCGGGUACCGGCGGUGGCGGCCUGUCACCUGGAUUCAGCGGAGGGGAAGCCGGAUCGGGAUCGGGUGCCGGAGGCGACUUCCUGACCCGCUACCGGCUUGUGUCGGCCAAGCUCCGCCGGCGCUUCUUGCGCAAGCCGAACGUGUCGGAGGCUGCCGAGCAGUUCGCGGCGCUGGCCAGGGAGCUGCGGGCCCAGGAGAGCCUCCCGUACGCAGCCUGGUGCCAGCUAGCGGUGGCGCGCUGCGCCCAGAGCCUCGGGCACGCACCUGGAGAAGCGGCGGCGCUGGGCGAAGCGGCGCGCCUCUGGCUCAAGCACGAGCGGGAGCUCCGCCUGCGCCAAGGCCCCGGGCUGGGACUGGCUGAACACCUGCCGGCUGCCCAGAGUUGCGUGGCUUUCGGCUCCCGCCUGCGCCUCGACCUGGGCCAGCCCGCGCUAGCAGCCGGGCUUUGGCUCGAGCUGGGCAACGAGCUGCGCUCCGGCGGAGAUCCGGGCCAAGCCGUGCCGGCCCUUCUGCGCGCCGCCGACCUCCUGGCCGUCGCCCAGCUGCCCCUUGAGGCUCUGCGCUGCCUACGCGACGUGGCCUCCUGCCUGCUACUUUGCCGCGACCACGAUGGUGCUCUGGCUGUGCUCACACAGGCGCAGCUGAUGGCUCAGGCCGGCACAGGACCUGCUGCCGGUGGAUCGUCGUCUUCGGCUGCAGCUGCCGCUUCUUCCGUUCCCGUCAGCCCGCCGCCAGGCGCCUUCCUUGACGAGCUGCUGCACUGCGAGGUGGCCCGCGUACUUCUCCUCCUACUGCUCCAGCCGCCGCCUUCCAAGCUGAUGCCCGAGCACGCCAAGACCCUCGAGAAGUACUCCUGGGAGGCCCUGGAUGCCUCGCCGGGCUACGUCCCCUCCGAGCUCUUCCUGCUGCUGCAGUCUGCUGUCAUGGCUUGCCAGGAAAAAGACCUGGAGGCGCUCAAGGUGCUGCAGAAGGAGCUCUGGCCGCUACUGACUCCCGAGCAGAAUCACCUCCUCCAUCUGGUGGUACAAGAGAUGAUCAAUCCCUCAGGUCAGGGGAUAUGACCAAGGAUACUUUGGUACUCUAAGGUUCUUAGAUGGCUCUUUUUAAAAAUAUAUAUAUUAUUUUUUACAGAAGUGUUGCAAAUGAGGUUUGCUUUAAUGAUGGAAGUGACACUCUGCCCUCCAUCUCUGCCCUCCUAGGUUCCAGUUUGCAUUUUCCAUUGUCUACUGCACCUUUCUUCUGUGUGAAGGAAACACUGUGGCAAAGCACUGCCUUGUAUUCUAUUGGGGCUUAUUUUCUUCGUACCCACAUCUAUUCUUUCCUAACGUUACUUAGACUUCACUAAGGACUUGAGAGAACAACAUGAGGUGUCCCACAUUUUUUUCUCUGUUGGGCUGAUUCUAUCUUCUUUUUAUUUUUAUUUUUAAAUAUUUUUUAUUCAUUUUAUAAGAACAAUACAAACAAACAACACAAAAUUAUUAUAUCUUCUUUACAUUAUCCUUUAACAGCUUCGGGUGACUUCCCUCAAACUCUUCCUUCUGGAAUUCAUUUUCUUGGGCAUAUUGGACUUUACAAAACACUUCCUGCAUCCUUGGUUACAGAAAUUACACUUACUUUAUAACACAUUGUGAACUUGAAAGUAAUGUUGUGGAAUUUUAACUGUUGAUACUUAUUUUUAUCUUACAUUUUAAAGUUAAGUACACAUGUAAGAGACAGCUGUGUUCUUUUGCACAGGGGUUUGUGUUGAGCUGCUGGAUUCUUGCUUGAAAACAAUGCUGCCAGUUUUCUUCUUACGUUAUUGGAACCAUCCACAACCAAGGCUCCUCUAGAUGGCUUUGGACUACAACUUGCCUCAGCCCCAUCCAGCAUGGCCUGAUGGAAGCUGUAGUCUAAAACAUCUGGAGCAGGCAUCCCCAAACUUUGGCCCUCCAGAUGUUUUGGACUACAAUUCCCAUAAUCCCUGACCACUGGUUCUCUUAGCUAGGGAUCAUGGGAGUUGUAGGCCAAAACAUCUGGAGGGCUGCAGUUUGGGGAUGCCUGAUCUGGAGGGUACCAGGUUGGGAAAACUUUUUUAGUGUUUGAAUACAAAAUUCAGUACAGUAAGUCCGCAACAUAUGCAGGAAUUACAUUCCGGGGAUCACACCUGGUUCAAUGGCAGAUGGGAUUGCCAAUGUCAUUUCCUCCAUAUAUACACAAAUUGCACAUAAAGUUAAAUACACUUAAGUUGCAGGUUUACUGUAAUAAUUAUUCAAGAAUUUUAAAAAAUCCUGUCCAUUUAAAACCAGAAUUAAGAGACUUUCAUGUAGGUCUAGACUGCAUAAAGCCAGCAAAUUGAAAACCAAGGCUGAUGCUUUAAUGUGUGCUUGUGCCCCAGGGAGAUCACUUCGGUGCUGUAAACAGAGCAAAAUAAAAAUGCUACUGUGCAAUGUCACAAGUUGCUGAUUUGACACUUGGCCUUAGUGCACCACACUUUUCCUUUGCCUUCCAGGCUUAAAUCCAGAUGAGAGUAAAAUGCCUGGGACCAGCAUAAAUGCCUCAUAUAGUUCUGGUCUUGUACUGCCUUAUGAAGACUUCUGUUUCAGUGUAUCUGAAGAAGUGUAUAUGCACACGAAAGCUCAUACCAAUGACAAACUUAGUUGGUCUCUAAGGUGCUACUGGAAAGAAUUUUUUUAUUUUGUUUGGACUACGUCAGACCAACACAGCUACCUACCUGUAAUUAUGAAGCUGACCAUAUGACCAUAAGACGCACUUAGUUUUCAGAGGAGGAAAGGGGGAAAGCCUCAUUUUGGGGGGGGAUCAGCUCACCGUUCUGCAGCUUCUUUUGCAAAGAGGAAAAGCCCCAUUUUUUAAAGAAUCAGCUCAAAGUUGUUGAGUUUACUUUGCAAAGGGAAAAAAUCCUGUUCAACUCACAGUUCUGCAGCUUCUGAUAAUCUAAUCAGCCAGAUAAUCCAAUCAGCCAGUCACAUGUUGCAGCCUCCCUCUGCAGAACAUUCAACAAUGGAGGCCUGGGCAAGGGGGCAUGGCUGGGAAGGGAGCUAGCUUCCCUCAUCUCCCUCCCCAAUCUCUUGAAAUCAGCUGCUGGGCGGCUUCUUUUCAACACCCCUCUUUCCCUCUUGUUAGCCUUUAGCUCUUUCUUUCUUUCUUUUUUUUAAAAAAAGCACUAUCUGCUUUUUGCCCCUGGUAAUUUGGCUCCAGGGACCACACAUUCGCUCCAUAAGAUGCACAGACAUUUCCCCUAAUGAAAUAUUUGAGGGGUCCACACCACCCCGUUGAUGGGCUUUGUCAUUCAAAUGGUGUUUGUGUGCUGUGUCGUGCUUGGUUAUACGUGGUGGGGCUUACCUACCCCCACCCCAAUAUUUUAUUUAAAUUGGUACCCCUGUGGAAGAGGGUGCUUCUACUCACUUCUUUAUACCAUCCAGACUGCUUUAUCGCCACCAAACAACUCUAGUGCCAAAGCAAUCCCAGGUAUCUUGGCAGCAUAUCUGUGGUGGAAGUAAUGAAUGAACGUUUCUUAUUCACGUUGCGGUUCCAAUCCAGAAUGAAAAACUUUUUCAUUCUUAGUGUUGUGCCACAGAAAAUAUCAGUUUGAAAUUUGGCAUAUUCAUAGACUACAAUGGGUAGAUCACUUAGGACAGACAAUGUGGUGCUCCUCAGAUAUUCUACAGAAUGUUGGGGCUUAAAAUGAUGGGACUUCCUUUUUCUCUCCCCCCCCCUUCUUAACUAAAGGGAAAUUCCUGUUCCUCUUUGGUUGUAAGAAUAACUUGCUUUGUUUGGAAUUAACAGGGAGUAAGAAUAGUAAUUUAUUAAAGGUAAGCAUUUUGUGCCUUUACCACCGAAUCCUAAACCAGUUAACUCAAAUGUCAGCCUUGUUUUAUUAUUGGGACACAACUUCAGUCAUAUGCACACUAGAUGGUAGAGAAGUCAGGCGCCAA